AUGUCAACUGAAAGGCACAUAAAUUUUUCCACCACUUACUUUGAUUGGUUAGAAAAGGCAUUAUCAGAAGAUUACAUCAAAUACUAUGAUUAUGAAAAGUUCACUAAUAAGGAAGUAAUUAGCAGUGGUUCUAAUGGAAAUGUUUCUCGUGCAAACUGGAACGAAUCCGUAAUGGUUAUAAAAUAUUUCUACAAUUCAAGUAUUAAAGAAAUCGUUAAUGAGGAUAAUGAAACAUUUAAAUCUAUUAUCCCAAAAAAAAUUAACGUAGAAUCGCUAAACGAAGUGCAUUCUAAUUUUAAUUCAGCAUCUUUAAGUAUGCAUAGUAAUAAUUCCAAGUUAUUUUUAAGUAAUUUAAUACAAGAAUAA